UACUGUAAAAUAAGAAAGACAAGGCGAUAAAUUACAAAACAACCCCACCCCAAUGGGGCCCCUGUUCCACGUUGCUUUUCCCCAGCCAUCACGAGACCCCCCUUCCCGAAGGCCGAAGCCAACCAACGCCACCACCCGUGCUGCGCCUCCAAGAAUUCCUCCUCGGAUUCUUUCCCCUCUCUGCAGCUCCCCCUCCCGCAGGUACCUAGCCGCGUUACCUUCCUCGGCCGCGUUAGUCGCCGUCCGGCUUCCUCCGUUCUUCUGUACUAUGAAGUUAAGGACAAAACGGCCUGAAUGGAAGUCCCUCAUGCCUCUACAACUAAGCAGGAAAUCUGCCAUGCGUUUCUUUUUGUUCCCCAAGGUUCAGUCGGCUGGUCAAUCGCCAGAUGAUACUCCAGUUUAUCUUAACGUGUAUGAUUUGACACCCAUGAAUGGCUAUAUAUAUUGGGCAGGCCUUGGUAUAUUUCACUCAGGAAUUGAAGUUCAUGGUGUUGAAUAUGCAUUUGGAGCACAUGACUAUCCCACAAGUGGGGUAUUUGAGGUAGAACCUCGUCUAUGCCCUGGUUUCAGAUUCAGGAAAUCGAUAUUUCUUGGUACAACAUGCUUAGAUCCAAUCCAAGUUAGGCAGUUCAUGGAGCUACAGUCAGUAAACUAUAAUGGAGAUACUUACCAUCUUAUCACGAAGAACUGCAACCAUUUUUGCAAGGAUAUGUGCUACAAGUUGACUGGUAACAAGAUCCCUAAAUGGGUGAACCGGCUCGCCAGAAUAGGUGCCAUUUGCAACUGCCUUCUUCCGGAGUCGCUCAAGAUCUCUCCAGUUGGCCAUAAUCUGAAUAGUCAAUCUGAAGAUUCUGAGAAAAGGCGGCUGAGGAAUCCAUUUAGCUGUUUCUCUUCCAUCUCUAGCCAGAGACAGCUGCCCUCGUCUUCACCUUUCCCACCAUCUCCUGUGAAAGAGCGUCUCCCCCAUUGUUCGUCGAGGAAAUCCAGCACCGCAUCACUGAGAAAUAGGUAGCCUGGCCCCUGAUACCAAGUUAUGCUAAUUCGUGCAGUGUCAACAUCUGAUGGCACUACCGUGCUGUAGCUUCUGUCAGGUACUUGUUCUUGCUCGGUAAAAGUCUGAUGCCUGAUGUUGUUGUAUCAUGUAAAACCCAUGCGCCGUGUGUCGAUUCACCUCGAAAGAUCUGUUGGGCUGAAUAUCGCUCGAUUCUACCCGCCUAUGCACUCGUGAUUUGUAUAUUAAUCCAUUAUUCUUUCA